AUGGAUAUAAAUGGUCCUAACGGCAACGCACAUUUUCGUGCCAUGCAUCAUCAACACGAUGAAGUCCGUCUUAUAGACUACGCACGUUUAUGUGAACAUUUAUCACCACGAAAAAUAAUUCUCCUUCAAUUAUUUCGUACUGCAUUUCGUCGCCUUAAUCAACGAUAUACGCCUGCGAAAGAAGAAGAACCAGUUCGAACAUCACUACCAGAAUACACUUACACCGAAGAUGUUCUUCUUCCGUCUUUAUUACUAUUUCUUACACGAAGUUUUGAAUGGGAAUUACCGAAUCUAAUUCAACAUCUAGAAAAAAUCUAUUCAGAUAAUGAUAUUGUCAGCGAAUAUUCACAAAGCGUUGCAAAGUUUGCUCAAGCUACUCUUGUGGAUAUCAUUGAUCUAUUUCAAGAUCUGUCAAAAUUCAUUUCUAAACGUGGCGAAUCCAAUUUUACCAAUAAUGAAAAUCAACCCGGCCAUUCAAAUGAUAAAGUUCAUUAUAUCGUCAAAGGAUGGAGUCUUGUUGGACUUUUUCUUCGCCGACACAUUUGUUCAUUUGAAAUGUUAUCCACACCAAAACUAGAAGAUCUAGUCAAUAGCGUUAGUCAAUAUGUGAAUUCUUAUUUCCCAUCAACUUCAUUUAAAUGUCCAUAUCCACCGAAAGAGUUCGGUAUGAUCGUCGAAUCAGAAUCGACUGAAGAAACCAAGAAGACUCUAUCGAUCAAACAGCUGAGAAUUCAAACAAAACAAUAUUUAUCACCAGAAAUAACAAUACCUGUGUCCAUAAAACAAGCAGAGUAUAUGCUCACAAAACUGGCUUUGAGAUUAGAUGCAGGAAUAGCUGUUGAAGACUAUGAAUUAGAAGUGCUUCGCUCAAUCGAGAAAAUCUAUCCACAAUUGGCUGAAGUGCCAUUCGUUCAUUAUCUUCAAGCGCGUUCGAAGAACAACUAUUCCCAAGCGAAUUAUUAUUUACAUCAUUAUUUCGAUAAACAAAAUGGAUUCCAACUAACGUCCGAUAUUGGUGCAUUGCACAUGUCGACACUUUUAUCACAUUACAAUUUCAAGACUGAUGCAAAACAUGCGUUGAACGAUGGAAUGUCUAUGUCUUUAUUGAGAUCGGAAAAAGAUAUCAUGCCUUUAUGUGUGGAUCAAUUAAUUGCCUCGACAUUGAAUGCAUCGCAAAAAGUCGAUAAUCUUCUCUUACUUGACAAUCGCUAUCUGAAACAACUCGAUAAUUCAUCAAUUGGAUUCUUAACUACAGACGAUUGUGUUUCCGUGGAAAGUUGGCCAUCGGUGCAACUGAUGAGUCGAGGAAAUCUUCCUGCUGUCUUACAACGAAUUGAUAUCGAUUUCGAGCGAACAGAUGUCAAACCGCGCUUCAAUUGGAUCAAUCGUGCUGCUAUACAUUACUUGAACAAAACCGCUUUUUGGAAUCUCGCUCAAUACAAUGAUUUCGUUUUACUUUACUCUGCUAUGGUUCUCGACAACAGUGAACAUUUACACUUCCGGCAUACGGAUUAUUAUGCAUUAGCUUGUUCAUACCUCUCCAUGGCAAUACUAAAUCGAGGACAAUAUAAUCUCGCGAGUCAAAUGUUGAAUAAAAGCAUCGAUUUAGUCCAGUUGUCCACGAAUGCACAUAAUUUGAUUGAUAUGGCUCGAGCCGAUGUUCAGUUUGUCCUACAGUGUCGACGAAAUGAAUGGGAUCGAGCGUUGAUUACAGCGAAAACCUUCGCGAAUUAUUCGCAAGUUGAAUAUGAAAUACGCCGAACAUUAUGUUUACACAACUUAAACGAACUUGAUGAUGGUCAGCAUGAUCCGAUUCAAUUACAAAAAUUACUAAAUUGUGAGAAAGUCUCUGAUUUGAUAUCGCGAAUCAAACUUUUAUUACUACUAACAGAAAAUUGUGCAAAGAAAAACGAUCUGGUGCCGAGCCUUGGUUUGCUCGAAGAAUGCAAACAAUUGUGUAUUAAAUACAAUCUCCGACACUAUUUAAUUCUCUGUCGCCUUUACGAAGUUCAAUUGAACAAAUCGAUUUCUUUAACAUCCCAAGAGUCAAUUCGAAUACUAAAUUACUGUCUGACAGAACUUUUGAAAUACGGAGAUCAAUACAAUGUUGCUCGAUGCGCGUUACUACUCGGCCGGCUGUAUCUACUAGAAAUGGGCGAGGAUCGUACUCCAGCAACUUACAUGUCGGAAGUUGAACAUCUGCUUCUAUUAGCCAAAGAUAUCUUUACUUGUUUCCACGAAACUCUUUAUUUAAAAUUAACUUAUCUUUACUUAGUCUUUACUUAUCAUGAUUCGAGUCAAGUCGAAAAACGUAAGCAAAUGGCUAAAUUAUACAAACAAAUCGAAGUGAAAUUAGACACGAAACCUAUCGUUAUUUAA